GGAUUUUAAAAGGCGCACGCUUUCCGAGGUCAAACACAAACAUACAAUUCGUGUAUUCAACGCUUUCACAAGCUUCAACACCUAAAGGUUUCAGUCUCGUUUCUGCCACCCAAAUACUCUCAACAUAAACACCAGAGAACUGUCAACAAGGUAUAUUGGUGGCUGGCAGAUAUAUGAUUGGUUGGCUUGCUUUUCAAAAUUGAACAUGGAGUAACGGGACCCAAUCGUUCAAGGACGUGAGCAAUUGGAGGAUCCCACCGGCCUGUGGAGCGUGGCGCACGCAGGCCGCUUUCCCCCUUUUGUUUUCAUAAAAGGUCCUUCCUUUUACUGGUGCAUGCGUAAUUCGCCGGCAAGACUCGUAGAAAGACGAGGGAAAGCGGAGAUGGUGAAUAGGUGGCGAUGGCGGAUCUCUGCGGGCUCGUCCGGGGAAUGUGCUGGGGUCCGCUUGCCACGAUCUUGCUGCAAAACCACUUAUAAAGUUGAGGAAGCGGAAACAGACGGGCAAAAAAGAGAGAGAGAGAAAAAAGGAUAGAAAGAUGGCGACGGCAGGUCUGUACAGGCGCGUCCUCCCUUCCCCUCCCGCCGUAGAAUUCGCCUCUCCGGAAGGAAAGCAACUCUUUUCUGAAGCGCUGUCCAACGGAACGAUGGAAGGGUUUUUCAAACUAAUUUCUUACUUCCAGACUCAGUCUGAGCCUGCAUACUGCGGUCUAGCAACCCUAGCAGUGGUCCUCAACACCCUUGGGAUCGAUCCCGGUCGGAAAUGGAAGGGGCCGUGGAGGUGGUUCGAUGAGUCCAUGUUGGAUUGCUGCGAACCUCUGGAAAAGAUUAAGGCGGAAGGGAUAACGUUUGGGAAGGUCAUGUGUUUAGCUCGGUGUGCGGGAGCAAAAGUUGUAGCGUUCCGUACGAACCAGACCUCGAUCAAUGACUUCCGGAAGCACGUCGUCUACUGCGCUUCUUCGGAGGAAUGUCACCUUAUAACUUCGUAUCACCGAGGGGCUUUUAAGCAGACGGGAACUGGUCAUUUUUCACCUAUUGGUGGAUAUCACUCUGGAAGAGAUAUGGUGCUUAUUCUGGAUGUUGCGCGCUUUAAGUAUCCUCCACAUUGGGUUCCACUUUCUCUUCUUUGGGAGGCCAUGGACACCAUUGAUGCAGCAACCGGGCAUCAUAGGGGGUUUAUGCUAGUCUCCAAGCUUCCCAGAGCACCAUCUCUGCUGUAUACGUUGAGCUGUACGCAUGACUGUUGGGUUGGCAUUACAAAAUACUUGUUUGAUGAAGUCCCUUCCCUUCUAAAGUCAGACGGUAUAAAUACAGUGCAGAAGGUCCUUUCAGUUAUUUUCACUUUCCUACCAUCCAGUAUAACACACUUCAUCAAGUGGAUAGCUGAGGUUAGAAGACAAGAAGGAGGGAAGACCAAAUUAAGUGAGGAGGAAAAGGGAAGACUCGCUCUUAAGGAAAUGGUAUUGGAACAGAUACUCGAGACGGAGCUAUUUAAGUGCGUUAUGGAAUGGCUGUCUACUGAGAACAAGUGCUGCACAAAAACUGUGUCUGGUUUGCACAGCACUCAAGAUUUGGCAGCAAGUGCUGCUAGUGUCUGUUGCCAAGGGACGGAAAUCUCGACAGGACUGCGAUCUGAAACUGGGCUCUUCUGUAAAGAAUUCAGUGUAGAAACCGUUGCACGUAACGGUGAAGGGCCAAGCAUAGUCGUCUCGAGUAAGAUUGCUGCUGGGAACUCUGUGCAAGGUUUAGAUUUGCUGGUUCCUUCGGCUGAGGCCAAAAACCACUCUUGUAGAGGCUAUUGUGCUGAAACAAGUCCAGCGAACGGCGAUGUCCUAACCAUCCUGCUUCUGGCGCUACCGCCUCAAACAUGGAACGGUCUCAAGGACACCGAGGUUUCAAAAAGAAUCCGCACAAUGGUUUCUACAGAAAAUCUUCCGCUCAUUCUCCAAGAGGAGGUGUUGCAUUUGACGCGGCAGUUGUGUCUUCUUAAAAGAUGCAAGGACAACAAGUUGGAUGAUGAUCUUGGUGAACCUGUGGUCUGACAGUUACUUAGUAGUUACUAGCAGGAGACCGAAGGGGACUAUAGAGGAUUAGAUAAUUCAAAACGCAAACUACCUUACCCAUCUGCAGACUGCAAUAACUAUCUGUUUCUUUACCUCAGGAAACUGGCACGAAGACUGGUUUUUUUGUCACAGAUACCUUGAAGUGGCAGAACUUACCUUGUAUCUUUAAUUGAUUUACUGCGUCCCAGAUGAUUGUAUCAAAGAUGCUGAUCAGAAACGCCCAAAUUUCCAGUA